AUGGAAAAGGAUGUUGUGGAACGUCCUGUUGACUGUGGUGAUAAGUUGGAGACACAUGAUGAAGUGAAGGUUGAGAUACACGGUGUGGUGGAGGUUAACGAAGAGGGUGCCCUGGAGGUGGAGGAAGUUGGUACAGUUGAGGUGGAGGAAGUUGGUGCAGUUGAGGUUGAGGAAGUGGGUGCAAUGGAGGUGGAGGAAGUUGGUGCACUGGAGGUGAAUGAACUGGGUACAAUGGAGGUGGAGGAAGUGAAUGUAGUGGACGUUAAACAAGAAGUUCAAGUGGAUUCCUUGGAAGAAGUAGAAAACAGUGAGGAAGAAGAUGAAGUGGAUCCUUUGGAGAAAGUAGAAAACAAUGAGGAAGAAGUGCAAGUGGAUUCUUUGGAGGACAGUGAUGAAGAUUACAGGGUGGAAGACAGUGGUAGGGGGUUGUCUGAUGAUGAUUUGGAGUCUGAAAAGCUGUUAACUCUAGAAGAUAAUGGUAGUGAGGAGGAUGACAGUGCAGACAAACCAAGCCGAUGUCCCUUUCCUACAUUUGGAAAGAAAAAGUCAAUGACAGAUUAUAAAUCAGAAGUUGGUACUAUAUUUAAUGAUAAGGAGGAUUUUAAGGAAGCUAUUAGAAGUUAUGCUAUUCAUACUGGGAGGGAUCUUAAGUUUGUAAAGAAUGAUAAAUGUAGGGUUCGGGUGAGAUGCAUGGGUGGGCAAAAAAAGUGCCCAUGGGUAGCUUACUGUGGAUAUUUGCCAACAAGAAAGAUUUGGCAGUUAAGGAAGAUUGUUGAUACUCAUGCUUGCAGUAGGCAACUGAAUAUUAAAAUGACAAAUAAUAAGUGGUUAAGUCAUGAAAUAGAUAAGUCGUUGCAUGAUAAUCCAAGUAUAAAGGUACAAGUUAUACGUAAUAAAACACUAAGGAAAUGGAACACCAAUGUAUCAAUUUCCAAAGCAAGAAGGGCCAAGUUAAUGGCAACAAAUGAACGUGAAGGAGAUUUUAAAGAGCAAUUUAGAAGGAUUCAUGACUACGGACAUGAGGUCUUGAGAAGUAACCCAGGGUCAACGGUAAAGAUUAAAGUGAACAGUGAUAAUGGUGAGGCCAUCUUUGAAAGAAUUUAUGUUUGUCUCAAAGCAUGUAAGGACAAUUUUAUGAGUUAUAGGCCCAUCAUUUGUUUAGAUGGCUGUUUUUUGAAAGGUCUAUAUAAGGGAGAGCUGCUUACCGCUGUUGGUAGGGAUCCAAAUGACCAAAUGCUACCCCUUGCAUAUACAGUAGUUGAAGUUGAAAAUAAAGAUAGUUGGAGUUGGUUUUUGCAAUUAUUGGUUGAAGACCUUGGGAGUAAUGAAAUACGUGGAGCGUGCACGUGGAUGUCUGAUCAACAAAAGGGGUUGGUACAAGCUAUUGAAGAGCUUUUGCCUAAGAAAGAAAAAAGAUUCUGCAUCAGACACCUUUAUGCUAACUUCAGGAAGUGGUUUACUGGUUUUGGUCAAGAUCUAGAUUCACAGCUCAAGUAA